AGAAUUUGUUCUUAACUGACUUAAGCCUAGUUAAAUAAAGAUUAAAUAAAACAUAAAUAAACUGAAGUUCGGAAGUCUACGCCUCUUCGUCGGUGAUUGGUCAGCAGUAGUCAUUCUUCAAUUAAGUUUUUGUUGUCGUUCAGUGACAGAAGACUAGUUUUUGUGCAAUUUUUUUCACUUGAGAAAUACUGCACCAAACGUCUUAGUUAACUGUAAAAUCGCGCGACUAAGACCUUUAAGUAAAAACGAAUUACAUAUUUCUUGAUUUAUCUUAGAUUGAGUCUGACAGAUUUUGAAAAAGUGUUACUGUAUGUUGUUGCGUACAGUCUCUCUAGAGGGACAAAUUGAAGUGUUUUUUCUUGUUUUUUAAGCUACUGUCUUUUUAAGGGAGUAAAUGGCACAGACGUUUACUUCUGGCUCGGAGCAAACCGAACCUAACCGAGGCUUUGAGACCCCUCGUAGCAACCUGGUCUCAGAGCAUUUCGAGACACUCCAUUUAGUAUGACAUGUUUCGUAUGCCUAGACUGUCCUUCUAGCUCCUAUGUACUGUAAUCAAUGGAGCCUCAAGAUCUAACCAAAGUGGUUCUGCUGGCUUGUGGGUCUUUCAACCCCAUAACCAAUAUGCACCUGCGUAUGUUUGAAUUGGCACGGGAUUACCUGGAAGAUACAGGACAGUACAUAGUGGUGAGGGGCAUCAUCUCUGCAGUGGGUGACGGCUAUAAGAAGAAGGGUCUGAUUGAGGCCUGUCACCGUGUAGAUAUGGCCAGGCUGGCCACAGACACCUCUGACUGGAUCAAGGUAGAUGCAUGGGAGAGCCAGCAGCCUGAAUGGGUGGAGACAGCUAAAGUGAUGUGGCAUCAUUAUAAAGAACUGAUGACAGCGGAACAGAACAAUGACUAUGUGGACACUGCAAAGAAGAGGAGGAUUGAGGCGACAAAGCACUCUUUCGAGGAUCCAUCCUCGUAUCACACAAGGAGAGGUAAAAAAGACAACGGCCCUCAGCUGAAACUCCUGUGCGGCGCGGACGUCCUGGAGUCCUUCGGCGUUCCCAACCUGUGGAAGCACGAGGACAUUGCCGAGAUCGUGGGCCGCUAUGGCCUGGUGUGCAUCACCCGCAACGGCUGUGACGCCCACAAGUUCAUCCACCAAUCGGAGGUGCUGUGGAAGCACCGCAAGAACAUCCACGUGGUCCGUGAGUGGGUAACCAAUGAGAUCUCGGCCACGCACGUGCGUCGGGCCCUGUGCCGGGGCCAGACCGUCCGCUACUUACUACCGGACCCGGUGGUGAGCUACAUCCGGGAGCACGGCCUGUACAGUGCCGAGAGUGAGCAGAAGAACGCUGACGUCGUCCUUGCCCCGCUUCAGAGACAUACCGGCCCCUCCUCCAGCUGAGGUGGCCAGCCAUGUUGCCUGCUGCCAACUUGAAUGCAUUGAGACCAUUGAAGGCCGGUGGGAGGAGCUAUAGGAUUACUGGCUCAUUGGAAUGGGUGGAAUGGAAUAGAUGGAAGGGCAUUAAACGUGGUUUCCAUAUGUUUGAUACCUUUGCAAUUUAUUUUCUAGCCAUUACAAUUAGCCCGUCUUCCUACAGCUCCUCCCACCGGCCUCCUCUACUUGAGACUGUGUAGUAGAAGCAUUUAUCUUUUACUGGUUUGAGAAGAUUUGUGAAUGAAUGCACAGAUGUUUUUGUAUAUUUUUGUAACAGUUGAAGUAGACUGCUCACCAGUGCUAGAAUGAGUUUGCACCAGAAUAGCCUCUUGUGUGGCAUCUCCUCAGAGAAUGGGUGAAUCUGCUAAAGUUUAAAUGAAUAACUGUGUUUUGUAGAAAAGUAUAAGCACCCAAGUAGUGGCAAUCCCAAGCGCCAGAAUGUAAACCCUUGAUCUGUCACUAACACUCAAUCUGGUCCUUAGAGCACUUUAUCUAUAUAAUAGCACAGAUCGACACCCAUGAUUAUUUGUGUACAAAUGAGAAUUCCUUGAUUUACAAUGAGCCUGAUGUAUAACUACAGAAAUGUUUCAUUUCGCAAUGCAGUGAUUAACAAGCUCGUCCACCCUUGAGUACAUUUUGUGGGUUUUUUAAAAUGCUGGGGCUUUAGUGUGUGUGUGUGUUUGAAUAAUUCCCUCAGGCAAAGGCAAGUUGGUAUAUAUGGAAGCCGUUUACAGAUAUAGUAGGCUAGAGCGACAUACAAACGGCAUGGUGUGUAUUGAGAGAAAUAAAACGCUGUCUUUGUUUUGCAGCUUGUGAACAC